AUGGCCCUCUCAGCCUCAGCAAUCAUCGCCAUCGUCGUGGUCGUCUCCGCGUUAUUCGUAACCAUCCUAUGGACAUUCAGCGGCUACUACCGCCGCACAUCCGCAAGGGAAGAAGCAAACGUACAUAUAUCACAGGAGCAAUACGCAUACAUGCGGCAAGUCCGACUACGAAAUCACGGAUACUCUUACUCCGAGUCGCUCUUUGGCGGUCGCACCUCACAGGCAUGGUCACAUCCGAGCAAUAAUGAAGAUACGACCAUACCAAAUACACCUAUGACAAUGGGAGGAGAAGCUGGAACUCCGGGAUCGGAGGCGGAGGGGACGACCAAUACUAAUGAGAAACAGAGUCUAGAUCAGGGCUCAGCCAACGUUGCGCAGCAGGAAAAGGAUGAGUCGAGGGUGAAUUAUUCGACGUAUGAACCGGCGGAGUACUUUGAGCAGCCGCCGUAUGAGAGCAAUGAUUAUUAUUAUGGACAUGAGGAACAACCGCAACAGAAUGAAAAGGUCGAUCAUGUUCCUCCGGAACAACAAGUUUGA